AUGGCACCGAUCCUUCUCUCCGGGCUUGCAUUGUAUUUUCUCAAUAAGAAGAAAAAUAGUAUGCGUAGAAAUGCACGAGAUGCUGACACUGGUGCAUCUGGUUCUUUGACUACGCUCACAGAAACUAAUUCCGGUGCAUCUAGCUCAUCAACCGCACUGACAAAAACUGAUAACAGUGCAUCUACUUCGUCAACCGUGACAACGGGAAAUCACUACGAUGUCUUCUUGAGCUUUAGAGGUCCAGAUACUCGAGAAGGCUUCACUGAUCAUCUCUACAAUGGGCUUGUUGAUGCUGGAAUUCGUACUUUCAGAGACGAUGACGAGCUUCGCCAAGGUGAGAAGAUCGGCCCAGAUUUAUUGGCAGCCAUCGAGAAUAGUAAGAUCUUAAUCCCCAUUCUCUCCGUGAAUUAUGGUUCGAGCAAAUGGUGCCUUGAUGAAUUGGUUCGAAUAAUGGAGUUCAAGAACAAUUUCAUGGAUCAUCUAGUGUUGCCUAUAUUCUACAAAGUGGAACCAGCUCAUGUGCGACAUCAAAUUGGGAGCUUUGGAGAUGCAUUUCAUACACGUGAGAGGCGUUUCGACCAAACAAUUUUGGAUAAAUGGAAGCAAGCACUCAAAGAAGUCAGUGACUUGAAAGGAUGGGAAGCUAAAGGGUAUGAAGGAGAAUUAGUGAAAAAGGUUGUCCAAAAAGUGUUGAGUGAGUUAAAGAAAGAGUUUGAGUUGGUUCUUCCUGAGAAUUUGGUUGGAAUUAAUAGUCAUGUGGAGAAGGUUAUGGAUUUUGUAGAUAAGAAGUUUAAUGCUACCCUAUUUGUUGGAAUCCAUGGAAUGGGAGGCAUUGGCAAGACAACUCUUGCCAAAACUAUCUACAACAAGCUCUUCCAUCAAUUUGAUUAUCAUAGCUUCAUUGCAGAUAUUAGGGAAUCGUGUAAGCGUAAUGGUCUUGAGUAUUUGCAAAAUCAAUUAAUCUAUGAUAUAUUGAAGCAAAAAAAUCAAGUUUAUAAUAAAGAUGUAGGGAUUAAGUUCAUCUCAUCCAAGUUUGAAGGCAAGAGAGUCCUCAUCCUUCUUGAUGAUGUGGAUGAUGAUGAUCAGUUAAAGGCCCUGGCUGGAAAUCAUAAUUGGUUUUCUUCAGGGAGUAGAAUCAUCAUUACGACUAGAAAUAAGACUAUUCUCGACAAUGUUGGGGUGGACUACAGCUAUGAACAAAAGGAAAUGGAUAUGAAUCAAUCGUUGAUUUUGUUUUGUAGACAUGCAUUUCGAAGGGACUCUCCUCCAGGUGAAUUUGAGCAAGACACUCACAAGGUUGUAUCCACUACCGGAGGGCUUCCCUUAUCUCUUGAGGUUUUAGGUUCAUUCCUAUGUGGAAAAAAGCCAACAUUUUGGCAUGAUACAAUAAAUAAGUUACAAAAAGUCCCUCAUAAGAAAGUGAGAGAAAAGUUAAGGAUAAGUUAUGAAGCAUUAGAGCAUGGACAAAAACAAAUAUUUUUAGAUAUAGCUUGCUUUUUCAUUGGUACCGAUGGAAGAAUUGCAUCCUACAUGUGGGAUGCUUGUGGAUUUUUCCCAGAGGAGGGAAUUGAAAUAUUGAGAUUUAUGUCAUUAAUAAAAGUUGGAGAUGAUCAGGAGCUCAGAAUGCAUGACCAAUUGAGAGAUCUUGGUAGGGAAAUCGUUCGUGAGGAAAACCAACAGGAACCUCAGUAUCGUAGUAGGCUAUGGGAUUCCCAGGAAGUCCUCAAAGUGCUAAAGGGAAAUAAGGUAACCGUUUCUCUUCUUUUGCUCUUGAGUCCAUGUGGUACUGUCAAGAUGAUGUUGGUCUUCUACUUACUGUUCACUCUAGUGAACAAAGACCUUCUAAUAUUAUCACCCUUUUGA